ACGAGGGCUACGUCAACGAACGAGAGACUAGGGUUUGGAGCGCCGAGCUUGCUCGGCGAUCGAUCGAUACGAUAGGUAUGCAGAUCCAAGGCGCUAGGUAGCUAGAUCGAGGCGGCAGCUCCUGUUUGUGGAAUUGGUUCCUGGGAAGCAGGCUUAGAUUUUCCCGAGAAUGGCAGCGUCGGAGGAGAUGAGCUCCCUUUUUCCAAUCUUUAUUCUCUCCGUGCUGGGCCUGUUCGUGGUGCCGUGGACAAUCUAUCGGCUUGCCAGAGCUGCGAGGCGGCAGGGGAGGAAUUUACACUGCCAUUGCUCGCUUUGCGCGAAAUCUCCCAAGUAUCAAGUCUCGUUGUGGAGAAAGUUGGGAAGGUUCUCGACAUGCAGCAAUAUCACACUGGUUUUCUUGUGGAUCUUGAUGAUCUUUCUGGUUUAUUAUAUCAAGCUCAGCGCUCGUGAGUCGCAACCAUUCGAGCCAUUCUCGAUUCUCGGUUUGGAGCCGAAUGCAUCGGAUUCUGAGAUAAAGAAAGCUUACCGAAGGCUGUCCGUGCAGUACCAUCCGGACAAGAAUCCGGAUCCUGAGGCCAAUGCCUACUUUGUGGAUUAUAUUUCAAAGGCGUAUCAAGCGCUUACUGACCCAGUUGCUAGGGAGAAUUUUGCGAAAUGGGGGCAUCCCGAUGGCAGACAGGGGCUCAAAAUGGGAAUAGCACUCCCGUGGUUUUUGCUCAAUAUCAACGGGGCAACUGGAGGAAUUAUACUUCUAGGACUGGUCGGUUGUGGAAUUUUACUACCGCUACUGAUUGCGGUGGUCUAUUUAUCGCGAUCUUCUAAGUACACUGGAAACUAUAUCAUGCAUCAAACGUUGUCAAGCUAUUACUAUCUUAUGAAACCAUCACUGGCUCCCAGCAAAGUGAUGGAUGUUCUCAUCAGAGCUGCCGAGUUCGUGGAAAUCCCAGUGCGUAGAAGUGAUGAAGAGCCGUUGCAGAAGCUUUUUGUUGUAGUACGAAGCGAACUUAACCUUGAUCCCAAGAAUCUAAAGCAAGAACAGGCUAAGUUUUGGAAGCAGCAUCCUGCUCUAGUCAAGACGGAACUCCUAUUGCUCGCACAUUUAACAAGGAGCUCUGCGGACGUUCCAGCGGGCUUGGCGUCGGAUUUUGCACGUAUUAUCCAGCUUACGCCACGCCUCCUUGAAGAGCUGAUGAAGAUGGCUUUGGCUGCGAGAAGUGCAAAUGGUCAUGGCUGGCUUCGGCCUGCUUUGGGAGUAAUGGACUUGUCUCAAAGCUUCUUUCAGGCUGUGACUCUUAAUUCCAGAAAGGGAUCUGAUCGAGCAAGCCUUAUGGAAGGGAGUGCCGCAUUCAUGCAGCUCCCACACUUCGACGAUUCCGUUCACAAGAAGCUCACUCGCAAGAAAGUGCGAACUCUGCAAGAAUUCCGGGACUUGAAAAUGGACGAGCGUAAGGAACUCCUGUCAACCCUGGCCGGUUUCUCCCAAGGCCAGAUCGUAGACGUGGAAGAAGUCCUGGACAUGAUACCCACCGUCACGAUCGAUGUCACUUGCGGGACUGAAGGAGAAGAGUUCGUCCAAGAAGGAGAUGCCGUGACGAUGCGAGCUUGGAUAUCAGUCAAGCGCGGCAAUGGCCUCACAGCAGCCUACGCGCACACUCCCUACUACUCCAACGUCAAGGAGGAAGGAUUCUGGGUGCUACUGGGAGACGCAUCCGCGAACAGCGUCUGGGUACACAAGAGGAUCACUUUCAUGGACGAGGCAGCGGCCAUAUCAUCGGCGUCAAAGGCAGCGCAAGAAUCUCUGGAAGGGAAAGGUGCCGAGGAGUCGGAGGUGAAGAAGGCAGUGAGCGAGGCAGUGAAGAGAGUGAAGGAAGGCAGCAGGCUGGUGACGGGGAUGUUUGAAGCACCGGAGGAAGGGACGUAUAACUUGACGGCGUUUUGCUUGUCAGACUGCUGGCUUGGGUGUGACAAGAAGGUGAGCGUGAAGCUCAAAGUGAGCAAGAAGGUCCGGCCAGCAGUGGCAACCAAGGCUCUGAGCGCUGCCGCGGACGAGGCCGACGAGGACGGGGUGGAAGACGAGGAGGAGAUCGACGAGGAGGUUGUGGAAGACGAGAGUGGAAGCGAGUAUAGUGAAGACGAGGAGGACACCAAGGGUGAGAUGAAUGGAGAGGACCCCAAGCAUAAGUAAUGGAAAUGAAAGCUUUGCACCGUUUGAACAA